AUGGACCUCCCCCUGCACGAUUGGUUGAUGGAUAAUAUUAGGCAGCAAGGGACAGGGACUGACUUUGGCAUCAUUGUCUGGCUUCUAUGGAAACAACGAAAUGAGGAGGUGAUGGAAGGAAAAAACUCCUCCAAAGACGGCUUAAUUGAUAGAAUUCAAGCGUGGUUCUACAUUGUUGAACAAGCUAAACGCCGGCGGGUCCAGGGCGACGGCGAAGGCGACGGGAAAUCAGCAGGGCAGCAAGCCGGUUACCGGGAAGUUAGGAUGCAGAAGGCGCUGAAACUCUACGGCGAGAAUUCAUGGGGGAAUUAUCGGUGGGAGUUAUCUUCCCUCUCUAUCAUCCUCCCAUUGUCGAUCUCCCAGAGAAGCAUCCCGCUUCAUCCUUGCCUCAGGCAUGUCUCCCUCGCCUCCGCGAUUUCCAGGCGGUUCGUUCCCAAGAGGAAGAAGCCAAACAUUGCAAGGAAGUUCAGACACGCACUAUACAUGUUUGCGAAAUGCAAUUUGUGCGGUUCAUUUGUUGAGGAGUUGAGCUUCAUUGUGUUGGAAAUGGGGAUAUGGCAGCUACCACUUGUUUCUUUCAAGCUCUGGAUACUGUGCAUCAGUCUAUCCUCACAAAAUUCUGUUUCAGGUGUUGAAGUUGUCAGCAAUGUGACUGAUCGACUUGCUUUGCUUGACUUGAAGGCUGGUUUGGUUGAUGGACCAUAUGGAACCUUGAGUUCAUGGAAUCUGUCUCUUCAUUUUUGUCAAUGGCCUGGAGUUGUGUGCGGCAGUGGGGAUGGGAGGGUCACUGCUCUGUGGCUGGAUAGUCUUGCUUUGGGCGGAUCAAUUUCUCCUUCCAUUGGGAACCUGUCAUAUCUCUCAGAAAUUCAACUUGCGGGCAACAACCUGAAAGGUACACUCCCCAAAGAGAUUGGUCGGCUUUCCAGGAUUCAGGUUCUCAAUUUGACCAAGAAUUCUCUCACUGGUGAAAUUCCUGUUGAGCUGACAAAUUGCUCCAACCUCGAAAGCAUCUCUUUAUCGUACAAUAAUUUUGUGGGUGGCUUGCCGUCGCAGUUUGGGUACCUGUCCAAGCUCAGUCGACUAGUAAUCAGUAACAACAAUAUUACAGGGGUUAUACCGCAAUCCAUUGGGAAUCUCUCGUCUCUUGUGGGUUUGUCGGUUUUCAGCAACAAUCUUUGGGGCAGCAUUCCAGACCUCAGUGAGCUUAAGGACCUGUCCACUCUUUCUCUUUUUCAAAAUCGGCUCUCUGGAACACUUCCAUCAUCCAUUUGUAAUCUGUCUUCCCUUGAGGUACUUUCAGUUUCGUUCAACAGUUUCUCUGGGCAACUUUUGUCCAACUUGGGCUUAUGUUUUCCAAAACUCUGGUGGAUUUCGGUGGGAUAUUGCCAAUUUUCUGGAGCAUUACCUCCUACUCUCAUCAACAUGUCAAGUCUAGAGAAUUUUCAUGCUGGUAGUAAUUUUCUGACAGGGGGAUUACCUGAUAACUUGGGAGUGCUUCAAAAUCUGAACUUGUUGAAUGUCGAAGAUAACUGGUUGGGUGGUGGGGCAGAUGACUUCAGUUUCUUGAGUUCUUUCUCAAAUGCUACCAAACUUGAUGCUUUGAGUUUGGCAGGUCAACUGCGUGAAUUGAUCGCUCUGCGGCUGGAUGCAAAUUCAUUGACUGGCUCCCUCCCUUCCGAUGUAGGGGAACUUGGGAAACUUGGACACUUUGAUCGCAAGAAACUAUUUCCAUGGAAGCUUACCUACAUCUCUCAGCAACUUGAAAGGAAUCCGGUUUCUAAACCUCUCUCGCAACAAUUUGUCAAGCAGCAUUCCGGAAGAACUGCAGGGGCUUCAGUUCAUGGAGCACUUGAAUCUGUCAUUCAACCAGUUAGAGGGCAAGUUCCAAGGAAAGGAGUGUUUGCGAAUGCCACUGCAUUUUCAAUUGCAGGAAACAGAGGACUUUGUGGUGGCAUCCUAUUGUUGGAUCUUCCAGCAUGUGCUAAUAGAAACAUAAAGGUGGCGAAGAAGCUCAAACUUCCCCUGAAAUGGAUUGUAGCUGUAACAGUAAGUUGCACUCUCUGCAUAGUGCUGAUCGCCAUUAUUGAUAUCAUUUUCAGUCGUCAGAGGAACAAAAAUCAGAAAGCGGAUUUGUCUCAACCUUUUGGGGCAAGCAAGUUUUCAAUGGUGUCUUAUAGAGAACUUUUUGAUGCCACUGAUGGGUUUGCCCACUGUAACUUGAUUGGCACAGGCCAGUUUGGUUGCGUGUAUAGAGGAUUUCUCAGUGAAGACGACGUGUCAGUUGCUGUAAAAGUAAUGAACCUUCAGCAGCAUGGAGCGUCGAGAAGUUUCACAGCUGAAUGUGAGGCUUUAAGAACAGUUAGACACAGGAAUCUUGUCAAGUUAGUAACUGCUUGUUCAAGCAUAGACAACAAUGGGAAUGAUUUCAAAGCUUUUGUGCUUCAGUUGAUGCCUAAGGGGAGCUUGGAGAGCUGGUUGCAUAAUCCUUUGCAUGAAAAUGGGGAUGAUGGUAAGUCGGGAUGUCUGAAUCUUUCCCGAAGGUUGGACAUAGCAAUUGAUGUGGCCCAUGCAUUGGAGUACCUUCACCAUGAUUGUGAGACUCCUAUUGUUCAUUGUGACCUCAAGCCAGGCAAUGUUCUUCUCGAUGAUGACUUGGUUGCUCAUGUUAGUGACUUUGGCUUGGCCAAACUCUUCCCAGGGGAUGGUGGUAUGGAUUCCAUAUCGUCAUCAGUGGUUAGCGGAACCAUCGGUUAUGUUGCACCAGAAUACGGAUUGGGCAGCUCUGUUACCCCAGAAGGAGAUAUCUACAGCUACGGCGUUCUUUUGUUGGAGAUGGUUACAGGGAAGAAGCCGACAGAUGAGAUGUUCAUCGACAGUUUCAGCCUUCACAAGUAUUGCAAGAUGGCAUUGCCUGAUGAUAUCCAGGGCAUUGCAGAUCCAUUCUUGUUUGAAGAAUCUUACGAAGAGAGGCACAUUAACAAGUACAGAUUGAGUUGUUUGGUAUCUCUAAUUCAGAUUGGAGUCAAGUGUUCUGCUGAGUUGCCAGGCGAUCGAAUGAAAAUCAAAGACGUGGUCAUGGAGCUUGGUGGCAUCAAAGCCACGAUUGCUUCAUCAAACCGUCGACCGAAAUUGCACAAAUCCAUGUUUCAGGGUGAGGCUAAUGACGAAGUUCUGAAAACCUGCCUGCUGAUUUCUGUUACAUAGUACUGUAUGCUUUUAUGUUUUUCUCCCGUAACGUACAAGAAAUCUGGAAAAAACAGCCAUGAAUGCUGUGGAUGCCCCCUUCGUUUCCUGAGUCUACUUGGUGGCAGUAAUUUAUUAGCUAUUGUCGCCUUUACUUUCUGUUUAAACUGUGGCUGAGCUGACCAGUAUAGGGAAAUAGGUCAUGGGAUAGUGUUUUCCAUUCCACUUAACUGGCAGCUAUAUUAUCAAUGCACACUUCACUGGAACUGAUUUCACUUUAAGAGGGAAUUGGAAAAAAAAAAAAAAAAAGAAGAUUCAGCACUCUGUCAUGCGAUUGCUCCCAAGCCCCCAGCUAGCUACGAGCAAGACUGGUUUCAAUCCAGAUUCUCACUGCUACUUAAACCCCAAGCCUGAUUAAGCACUUCUACCUCAUUUCCAUUGUGCCUUCAUCCCUUGAUGCACCUGAACCUUUAAAGCAGAGGAGCACAAUAUUCAUGGCUUUGGCCCUCCGGGUCUGGGGACAUCAGAUCACAAUUCUUUCGCAAUCUUUCUGGGAACCCUUGGUUACUUACAUUGCUUCAGGUUGUAUGCAGAAGACUCGUGGUGAAGCUGGUCGACUGAUGUGGCCAAAAGUAGCUUUUCAAGCUGCUUCACUAAUGCCUGAGUCUCUCUUGUGGGAAAUCUGAUGAACAAGCCACACCAACUUCAAAGAUUGAGAUUAAAAGCUCAUCAGAUUUUUCUCUCUUGAAUGUUCUCUGAGCCAUUGCUCGUCUCUCCGGGAAGUAGUUCAUCAAAUAGAGCAUGGAUCAACUACAUUUGCUGCUGAAGUUUCUAGUAAAGCAGAUCUGACAAAGUUGUGGAGGUUCAAACCUGCUCCCAAGCUCUCAUCAGUUGGCCUCUUUCCGGUGCAACAUCUCGAGCAGGAGGAUGCUGUAGCUAUAGUGCUAUACACAUCACCUGACUUUGAAACUAAAUUUCCCAUACCAUAUUCUGCAGUAACAAUAAGGAAAAAAUGUCAGAGGUGGCAAUGAAGGGAGGAAAUUUUAUUGUUUUGGCGAUCGAAUAUAAAGGGAGAAACUGUUAUCAGGUACCAGGGAAAUUUAUACCUGGAGGAGCAUAGCCAACAGUUCCCCUCACUCCAACCGAGCUAGACUGCCUUGCAAAAGAGUGUUUGUCAAGUGAUGGAAGGAAUCUUGGUAGCCCGAAAUCACCCACAUGUCCUGUCAUCUCAUUCGUCAAGAAGAACAUUGCUCGGCUUGAGAUCGCAAUGAACUAUGGGCAUUUGGCAUUGGUGGUGGAGAUAGUCAAGUGCUGAAGCUACAUCAGUCGCGAUAUUUAGUAUUUCGAGGAAACUCAAGCUUCUUGGAAGGUCAUCACUUCUCUGUACUGGAUGAUGGAGCCAUUCUUCCAGGCUUCCCAUUAGCAAAGAACUCAUAAAUGAGAGCUUUGAAAUCAUUCCCAUGAUAAUCCAUGCUUGGACAAGCUGUUACUAUCUUCCCAAGAUUCCUGUGUCUAGCAUUCUUUAGAGCUUCACAUUCAGCAACGAAACUCUUGGAAGCCCCCUGGCGCUCAAGUUUGAACACUUCUACAGCAACGGUUGUUCCACUUUCAUCAAUGACUCCCUUGUACACAGAAGCCAAAGCUUCCUAUGCCAAUCAAGUUUGCCGAGGAAAAGCCAUUUGUUGCUUUUGUGGAGCCUUUGAUAAGAAGGGUUGCAAAGGCUAAUCACUUGUGAAAGAAUCUACUUGUUCUUUUAUUCUCUUCCUCAUUAGGCAUAGAAGCAAGCAAGUCGCCGUGAAGGACACAAGAAGAAGACUGGAGAUUGUUGAUAUGAGAAUCUUCCAUUUAUGGCUCAAAUCUCCUUCCCGGUUGAUUGAAGUUGCAAGCUGGAAGAUGAAGUUCAGCAAUACCCCCACAAAGCUUGCUGUUACCUGCGACUGAAACGACGUUGCUACUCUUGAAAACUCCGCCUUCUGGCACUUGGCCCUCAAAACUUGUUACUCGACAUAUUCAGAAGUUGGAGUAGGGUCAUAGUCCUCCAAAUUUUUGGACUUGGCCCGGAUAAGUUGUUACCUGAUAAAUCUAAUAUCCUAAUACCUCUAAGUGAACUCAAAGAAGAAGGAAGGGGCCUCUGUAUGAGAUUAGUCUUGCAGAUUGAGCAACUCCAGUGUGACACAACUACCCAGACUACCCUGGUAUGCUUCCUGAUAACAUGUGAGACAGAUCUAAAGUUUCCAAAUUUGUCAGGCUGCCCACUUCGAAGGGAAGGACGCCGGUGAAAUGAUUCCUGAGGCAAGUUUAAGAGAAUUGACAAGGAAGAAAGGACCCAUGAUUUGUGGGGGGAUUACAUCACUCAGAGUAUUGUCAGAAAGGUCCAAAGCUAUUAGCAUUUUGCAAUUUUCAAUAGCUGCAGGAAUUUCUCCCUGCAGAUGGUUACUUGCUAAUCCUCAAUCUAUUUAAUCUGGUCAAGUUUCCAAUGGACAGUGGACCAAUCCUGAGAUGCUAUUGCUACCCAAAUCCAACCACUCUAGAGUCUGCAUGUUCCCGAUUGAUGGAAGGAACUGUACCUGGAUAGAUUGUUCUGAGAUGCCUCGAACCUCUGCAAGCUGAUCUGUAUUCCGCUUGGGAUGUUUUCCUGAUAUUUUAUUGGAACUCAGGGCCAAAAUCUUAAGCCUGGUUGACAAGUUGCCAAUAUCAUCUGGUAAGCUAUCUCCAACGUGAUUGUCGGCAAUGGACAUCACUUCCAAACUGCUGGAAUUGGUCAAAGAAGAUAUGAAGCUCAAAUCAUUGGGCUUCCCACUUCCAAGAGAGUUGUUGUAGAUCAGAAAGCGCAUAAGGUUGCGAGAGUUUGCCAUGCUAGGCACGCUACGGAUAAAAUUGUUGACUUGCAGUUCAAGAAAAACCAAAUUGGAUGCAUUGGAUAAGGAAACUGGAAUGCUACCCGUGAACUCGUUGAAAGCCACAUCUAAGCCCUUAAGGUUCGGAAGCAAUAUUGCAAGGAAGAUUGCCAUGGAGUUGGUUCAUUCCAAAGUAAAAAUCUGUGAGAGACGACAAAUUGAAAAUAGAAUCAAGGAUUCUACCGGAUAAGUUGUUUAUCUCCAGAGACAGAACAUGAAGACUUUUCAAUCGGCCGAGAGCAUCAGGUACUCUUCCACUGAAAUUGUUGCUUCCCACUAGAGAUGACAAGUUUCCUAUAGAGGGAGGGAUGCUUCCCGUCAGACCGUUUGCUGGCACAACAAGUUGUUGGAGCUUGUUCAAGGAGCCAAUCUGCCAUGGUAACCCCCUCACCAGCUUGUUGUUUGCUGCAUGAAAUACAGUGAGAGUCGUGCAUCUCGAUAUGGUGGAUGGAAUCUCGUCACUUAAAGAGUUGUUAAAGAUCAACAGCCGCUGCAGUCUGUGAAGGCAGCCAAUUUCAGGCGGGAUCCCGUUACUGAAGCUUGUUGUUGAUGAGAUUCGGCUCCAUGAGGAAGCUGAGAUUGCCAAUGUGUGCUGAAAUGGAGCCAGAGAGCUGCUGAGACUUCAGGUUUAGAACCGCGACCCUCUGGUGUCUUGUGGAGCAAGUAAUGCCGCGCCACUGACAUAAGUGAUUGGAAUCAUUCCACAAGCUCAAGACCCCCAAAGGGUCCCCAGAAAUCAAUGGCUUUGAACUGGAUCAAUGCCAUGCGAUCUGUCUCAUUGCCUGAGAAUUCCCGAGGUAGCAGCAAUGAAGAAGAAGCUGAAGCAGCACAACUGCAGAACCACAGCCGCGAAGGCAUGUCAAGCUCCUGAACACAUCUUUGCGCUAAUCUACCUCUAAUCGACUUGUUGUGGUUGGAUCAUUAAGGAUUCAUGUAUGCUAGUUGUAGGUCGAAUUAAUACUCUGUGGUGGGAUCAUUAAGGAUUUAACAGACUUGCCGGUUGCCGUGUUCCAACUUCCAAGAACGUGUUGUGUGAGCUGCAAUCUUAAUAUCUGCAGGCAUUUUGACGCAAAGGAGUUUUAUAGUUGACUAAAUUUAAGCUUAGAAACCUGCUGCAAGCGUUUAUGUACCUUCCACUUUUUUUAUUUCAUUUUAUUUUAUAAAUGUGUACUUGUAUUCAUCGAAAGAGUGAAAUGUAC